UCCAAAACCACCGAGGGAGUCAAAUUGCACCGGUUUUAAGAGUUGGGGGUUGAGAUAUCUGGUUUUAUGGUUUAGGGUCACGGUUUAGAUUUCGAUCAUUUUUAAGGGUCACAAAGUGAACUUAUUCCUUUGCUGGGCCAAGAGAACGGCUCAUUGAACACGGCCCAGCCAAAGGCAUCGCACCUCCGCGUGCGAUCGAGGCCAUCGGCGGCAGGUACAAUCGAAAAGCCAGCGCGUCUCGCCCUCGCCCUCGCCCAGACAUCUCGUGACCGCCCCGCCCGGCGCGCGGCGCUCGUGCAGCCAGGGAAAGCGCGCGCGCGCGCGGCGCAAUAAUCAUUGACGCAAUCACGCGGCGAAGCGGACGUCCGGCGCGCGCGGGCGCGGCGGCCGCUAGCUGGUUGGGAGUUGGGAGUGGACGGACGACGGACACAUGCGCGCAGCGCGCGAGGUGGUGAUGGACUUGAUGGGUAUCGUAGUAGCGGAAGCUUGUGGAGUUGUGGACGGCGUCGCGCGCGGCAUAUGGAUGGACACGGCACCUGCAUGCUCGCUCGCUGUUUAGAGAUCGAGAUUGACACACAACGUGGUUCACGCGUGCGCCAUCUAUAUAUUCAUCUAUCCAUGAAUGAUCAUAGAGACGAUAGUGUGGCACAUUUUUUUUAACGCGCAAAAAUAUUGCACGCCAAUAUAUUAGAAGAAAAAGAGUUUUUUUUUAUACAACACAAUCGGCCAGAUAGAUCUAUAUAUAUAUACCGUGGGAAGAAAGAAGAUGAGAGUAUGACACACAACUAAAAUUUUGCAGUGACCGAUUAAUUUUGUACUCCAUUAAUUUACGCAAUUAAUUAAUUAAUCAAGGUUGUAACCACACAGAUCGAUGGACACAGGAGUUCUUCUGAUUACUCGUGGCCAAGAAAACUCGAGCAUCUACUUUAGCAUCUAGCUCACGAGCACGAGCUAGGCGUCCAAACACGCAGCAAUCUCGGUGACACUGCAUGGCCAAUUGAGUUAGUCAUUGCCCAUUGUUCGAUAUGAUCUUAAUUAGCCAAUGGAUGCUGAGAGCCUGAGAGUGAGAGUAAUCUAGGGCAUUCAAGCGACCUCUCCCUCUUUCCCCUCCCUUCUUUUUCCAGCUCGCUCCGUUCCUCGUCGAUCAUGUCACGGGCUCAUCAUCCACGCCGACGUACGCAAUCUGAUCCGCGCUCGCUCGCUUUCCCGUGCACGGCCAGUGUAUAUAUAGCUCAUCGAUAUCACCUUCUUCUCCACAUUGAAUUCGGUUCAUACUCACUCGUCGGUAGUAAUCAGUCAGCUCAUCAGCAUCUGAUCGAGUAGCAAAUUGAGCAUUCGUUUUGCAGCUAGAAAUCAUACUAGUGGUAGUGGAUGAUGGCGCCAAACGGGGAAGGCGCAGUGGCGGCGGCUGCGGCGGCGCCGGCGCCGGCGCCGGCGGUGGCGAGGGGGAAGCGGGCGGAGAAGCCGCGGAGGAUCUCGAUGGAGGGGCUCCAGCGCGCCAUGUCCGACCUGGCCCUGGAGCUCACCAAGAAGCAGCAGGUGGCGGACGCGGCAGCCGGCGGCGGCGGCGGCGGCGAGAAGCUGCCGGAGAUCACGGAGCAGCAGCAGGUGGUGGUGGAGGAGGCGCGGUGCGAGUGCUGCGGCAUGCAGGAGGAGUGCACGCCGGAGUACGCGCGCCGCGUCCGGGAGCGCUACUGCGGGCGGUGGGUGUGCGGCCUGUGCGCCGCCGCGGCGAGCGCCGAGGCCGACAGGAGAUGCCGCCACGGCGGCACCGGGUGGACGACGGCGACGGCGGAGGAGGCGCUGGCGGCGCACAUGGCGGUGUGCGGGCGGUUCAACCGCGUGGGGCGCGCCAACCCGGUGCUGAUGCAGACGGAGGCCAUGAGGGAGAUCCUCCGCAAGAGGUCGAGGUCCAACAGCCCGAGGGACCACGGCCAUGGCGGCCUCACCAGGAGCUCCAGCUGCAUCCCCGCCAUUACCAAGGACUGAUCAGCUGCCCCCAACAAAUGAAAUCCUUCACCUUCUUCGGGUGCAAAGCCCGCCAAAAUUUAAAAAUUAAUUAAGCCUCUAGGUUGAUUAAUUAGUGUCUGAUUGCGAGUGAUAAUCAAGAAACUUGUUGCAACAAAAGUGAUUAGUACUAUUGAUACUACUGAAAGCCUUUUCAAAAAAUUGAUUGUACUGAAAUGAAACUAUUGGUGUAGAAUUUUCAUGAAUUCCAUGCGAGCUCUUGUAGUUACUUAAAGAUUGUAAUUCAUCGUUAAUUAUUAGAGUAAUUACUUAAAGUUUGUCUCCUUUGAA